AUGUCGGGGACAGGUCAUUUGCGGCAGAUUCUAGAUAACUACGGAUACCAAGAACCUCUUCCAGAUGAUGCUGUCCCACUGGUUUCUCACAUGAGUUCGGAUAUGGCUGGCUUACGGGCGCAACUAAGUCAGAGCAAGAAACAGAUGACUUCUCUUCAAAAUACUAUAGAUUAUCAGACGAAGAUGAUUGAUCCAUUACAAGCUGAUAAUCAACAGCUUCUUGCUGAGAAUAACGAUCUCUAUAUGCGACUUCAUGAAAUGCAGGAUGCCCAAGCGCUAGGAUACUCUGUCCCUGAGCCCGUACCACUUGUCCACCGCGGUCCACUGACAUUUGCUGCAGAGCUCCAUGCGCUGGAAAGCGAAGUGAGAAACUUGAGAGCCUUUGGAGCAGAGGUAACAAAGCGCGAAGAUAAUCUAAAGGUAGAGGUGUCACAUCUAAAAUCUAAAAACAAGGCCCUCGAGAGCCAGCUUUCUGCCUAUACAAAGGUUAGGAAAGGUUCCCAAUCUGGGUCUAGUAGGAGCAGUGCAGACACGGUAAAUCCAGAGGAGGUCAAGCUCCUAAACUCUCAGAUCAUGCAGCUUAAAGAAGACUUAAAGGCCAAGAAUAGUAAUCUAAAUAAUAUGACAGCAAUGCUGAUGCAGAAGGACCGGACAAUUGCAGCUCUGACGGCCAAGAGCCGCACUCUGCCUGGCUCAACCAGUGGGGAACCCCUCCUGGAGCGAGAAGACGAGGGUGCCAGUGACAUUAGUAAUACCAGUACGAAUCACAUCCUUACAUCACGUGGUAUUAACCAGUUUACCCCUAGGCCAAUGCAAAAUCCAUCCAUUAGGACACAGCCGGUAGUGCAUAACGUUACUAGCGAUGACAUUGAUGAUGUAGAUAAUGCCGACCUCUUUCAGGAUGAUGUAAUUCCUGAGCCGUAUCGCCCUGCUUCUUGUGUUCCCUCUGGUAACGGUGUACUUUCAGGACUUGAGUCAGAUAAUUUAACGGCACCUUCGACCAGCAGCGACGUUAGUAUUAAUCGCCCAAGUGUUUCUACUGCAAAUCUCCCUGCCCAGCGGGCACACGUCUCCAUGUCUCCAGAGUACGACGUAGCCACUUCUAAAAUACGGCAAAUUUCAGGAAAUCUUUACGGUGCAGAAAAUCCCCACUCUAACAGGCAUAGCAGAAGCUCGUCUCCAAACACUGUGCAUCCAUGUUCUAUGGGGCCUCGGCAUAGCUCCUCGCCUCACGCUCAGCCACACACUCAGAGUCAUGUGGACACUUCACUGACAAUCUCAAUGACAUCACAGCCAUAUCAGCAGUUGCCACCUGCUCCACAGCACCCCUUGCCAUAUAACAUGCAAAUUCCAAACCCUGGAUGCAUAAAUUGUGCAAAGCUGACAACCGAAAAUGCAAGGCUUAAACAUCAAAUUUCGUCACUUACUUCCGAAAACAUGCAACUCAAAGUAUCCAACAAUGCUACUCUCAGCAAUAGAGAUAGAUUCGCCAUGCAGAUGCAGUCAGAAGUCCAGGAGCGCGAGCGGGUAAUGUCAUCCCUUCAAUCGGAGGUAGAUGUGGGCAGAAACCAAAUUGCGGCUCUAAAAAAGGAGAAUGUAGGGUUACAAGAACAGAUAGAGCUCCAGCGGGCUGAAAUAGCAGACCUUACCAGUGCCAACGCUGUUAUAACCACAUUGUCAAGCAAGCUGGAGCAAAAAGUGGCGGAUAAUGUCGAUAGUUCCUUAAAGCUCAAAGCAAUCUUAGCAGAGUACGAGCAAAAUAUCAAGUUAUCAACAGAUAAAAUUAAAGAAAAUUCUAGAGCCAAGCGAGCUCUUGAAAAGCAGCUAUCAGCUGAGCGCGAAAAGAUAAGCGAGUUGAAGGCACGCAUUAUUCUCGACCAGGAGACUAUUAAGAGGCUCAACGAAACAAACAAAAAACUUUCAAAGAUGAUGGCGCAGGUGGUCAUAGAAAACAGGCAUUUGAGACAGGUUAUGACCGUUGACGAGGUCGAGGACUAUGUGGACGUUGAAAAGGGAUUUAGCGCAACUGUACAGCCCACCACAUUAGGGUCAGCCUUGCUAGCUGAGUCCACAAGAGCACCACUUACGCUUGGUAUGGCCAAUGAGUUGUUGAACACGGCUCUAAAACUAGAAGAAGACGAUCAGCUAGAAGGGUAUCAAGAACAGGAUAAUGUCGAUGCCUUACUUAAACAGUACGGCUCCGAGAUACCAGAGUAG